AUGCAAGUGAUUAGAAGAUUAGAUUCUGGUGAACGUCAAUCUCAAAUUAGUGCUGCACUGAAUUUGGCAACCUCAACACUAAGGACAAUUCCUAAGAAUAAGGAAAAAAUACUGUCGUCGGCAACUGCAACUGCGUCAAGCUCUGGAACUAGAAUUACCCGUUCAAGAAAUAACGUUAUAGAGGAAAUGGAAAAACGACAGUCUAUAUGGAUUGACCACGAAAUUGAACGCAAUAUGCCAUUAAGCCAAUCUAUCAUAAUGGAGAAAGCUAGAAGAAUUUUUAAUUGCAUUCAGGUUGAGGUAAGUGACAUAAGGGAAACUUUCGUUGCUAGUCGAGGAUGGUUUAAUAGAUUUAAACAUCGAAAUAAUCCUCACAACAUAAAGAUUACAGGAGAAGCAGCAAGUGGUGAUACGAAAGUGGCGGCUGAAUUCCCAGCGACAUUAAAAACAAUAAUUGAACAAGGAAACUAUCCUCUAGAAUUGGUUUUUAAUGUUGAUGAAACAGGCCUGUUUUGGAAAAGAAUGCCAAAACGAACAUUUCUAUCCCGUGAAGGGAAACGAGCAUCAGGAUUUAAAGCCGCAAAAGAUCGCUUAACGCUUCUACUGGGUGGUAACGCAAAAGGAGAUUUCAAAUUAAAACUACUAUUAGUUUACCGCUCCAAAAACCCAAGAGCGAUGAAAGUCAUAUCUAAAUCAACUUUACCUAUAAUUUGGAAGUCUAAUAGAAAAUCAUAG